GAUUCCUGAGGAUUACCCGUCAUGCCCCGCGGGUAAAGAUGGCGACAGCAGAGCAGGGCAGCAGAUCAACUUUAUCCGAGCGGUUCUGAGUGGAUUUCCUUCCGUCAAACGGAGCGUCUGAGCCGGCUGCUUCUCCUCCUGCCGCCCGCUGCUUCUGCUGCUUCUCCUCCAGGAGGCGGACCACUGCGCUCCUCCCCGGCCUCACGUCGGGUUUGAAGCCCCCCUCCCUCCCUCCUCGCCCCGCCUGAGGAGCAGAUCGGAGCUUCGGCUAAAGUUUCCUCUCCUCUUCGUUUUCUGGGAUUUGUUUGUGCACAUACCCAGAGCCGAUCCGUGCUAAACGGCCGCACAGGUUAUCAGAGGCCGGAGGCUCACAUGCCCACAGGAGAAAGAAGAGGAGGAACUCGUCAGAGUGCUUGAGGAAAGACGCUGCAGAGAAGAUGAGGAGUUUUCUGUGCUGACGUACGAGCUGUGUUGUUUCCGUGGAUGAAGUCAGUACCGGAGCAGCUCACAGUUCAGGAUUGACACACCGACAGGAAGGAAGUGAGGAAAAAAGGAAGUAGGGCCCAGGAUGACGAGUGCAGCCCCUGCAAGGAAGCCAUACCGAAAGGCUCCACCACAGCAUCGUGAGACACGCCAAGCCCUACCCUCCGCUGCGCCACCACCUGCACCACAGCACAUCAAUCAGGAGCCUAUAUCAGAAUCUGACAGGAUCAGAAUCCUCCAGCAGCAGAAUGAAGACUUGCAGCGCCGCCUCUCUCUCACCAACCACAAAAUGGAGGCCAUGGAGGCGGAGUUUGAUGGCAACCGUCACUACAUGGACGCUGAGCUCAGCCGAACCAGAGAUGACCUAGACAAGAUGAGGGACAAGUUCCGCAGACUCCAGAACAGCUACACAGCAUCUCAGAGAGCCAAUCAGGAUCUGGAGGAGAAGCUCCACGCUUUGCUACGGAAGGUGGAAAGAGACAAAAAGACGAUGGACCAGGAGAUUGUGGAACUAACCAACAAAUUGCUGGACGCUAAGAACACAAUUGACCAUCUGGAGGAACUCAAUGAGCGUUACAGGCAGGACUGUAACUUGGCUGUCCAGCUGCUCAAAUGCAACAAGUCGCAUUUCAGGAACCAUAAGUUUGCUGAUCUGCCCUAUGAGCUUCAGGACAUGCUAAAUAAACACAUGAAGAGCAGCCUGCCCGAGCGGGGCCCGGUCCCCGGCUCUCAGGACCCGGACACCCUGAGUUUAACUCCUGCAGAUGUUGUGCCCACUUCAGUCAUUGCUCGUGUCCUAGAAAAACCUGAGCCGCUGAUCCUGAACUCUGCCCAGUCUAGCAGCUGCGGCCGGCCCGUUGCUGAGGAUGUCUUUGUGCACGUGGACAUGACGGGCCCGUCGGGGGCCGAGGGCCACAGCCGGGAGAACGGCAGCAGCAGUCAAGCGGGGCAGCAGAACGGCUCCUGUCGGAGUCAGAGCAGUAUUGACGGGCAGGUGGCUGGCGAGGAAGUCAGCGGGGCUGCAUCUUUCGAGAAGCUGAACCCGUACCCUGCCCCACCGCCCCCACACCCACUGUACCCCGGACGCAAGGUGAUUGAGUUCUCUUCAGAUGACAAAGUAAAGAUUCCCAAAAACUCCCCGCUUCCCAACUGCACCUACGCCACCCGCCAGGCUAUAUCCCUGAGCCUGGUCCAGAAUGAUGAAGAGCGGCUGGCCACUGGGAGCCCUGCGCCCUCCUCAUCCUCCGGCGGGGGGGUUCACCAGCGCACGCCGCCGUCACAACGGGACCUCACCAGUGAGCCACUGUCCAGUCAGUCCAGCCCAUUCAGCAGCCCACCACAGGCACCCAGCGUCCUGGCCAGCUCCGCUAGCUCAGAGGAGGACCUGCUGGCCAACUGGCAGCGGAUGUUUGUAGAGAAGAUGGCACCAUCCUGUGAAACCUCGGUGGUCCAUCGCACCUCAUUCAGCAGUCAGACAGCUCAGGAGCUGCAGAGGAGGAGGCAGACACCAGGGGGCGGGGCUUCAUCCUCCUCUGAUCGCCACAGGGCGGCAUACUCAGAUGGUGAAGAGGGCUCGUCUGCGCGCAGCUGGACGCCCAGCCGCGGCUCCAGCCUCGACACCGACACCGACACUGAGCAACGGUCAGGCAGGAGGGGGCGCUACAGCGUUGGAGACGGGUCCACGGAGGAGGGCAAGGGGCUACUGAUGAACCUAGAGGACGACGGCGGCAGCGGGGACACGGCGGUCACUGUGGCGACAAGCCCAGCUGAUGCUCGCAGGAAUGAUUUCGAGGAGGAGGAGGAAGAGGCGGAGAGUUCGGCUGAGGAGAGAGAUGUCCUCCCACACGACCUGCCCGUCAUCUCACCACGUCUCCUGGACUUCGACCCAGCCCACGCCACAGCCGCCCCUCCACAGAGGCCACAGAAGAGCCCGAAGAGAAUGGGCGUGCACCACCUGCACCGCAAAGACAGUCUGACCCGAGCCCAGGAGCAAGGCACUCUGCUGGACUGACGCUCGCCCUAAGAAAAGUCUUGCUCACCCCACACUGUGCUCCAUCAGCUGCUGUCUGUUUCCAUGGCAACUUGCCUGUCUGUCAUAGAAGUCAGAGGUCAAGCCCAUCAGGAUAUAGCCAUACUCUACCGUAUGCUGCCGAGCUCACCGUGUGUUUGUGUGUGUGUGUGUGUGUGUGCGUGUGUGCGUGUGUGUGAGUGAGUGUGUCAAGACCGAUCAGCUCUGGAUCAAUAUGUAGGCUUCUGUAUCGGCGAUUUGAACCCAGUGAAUCAGCUGAUCAGACAGAGAGGUAAAUAAAGAGAUUUAUUUUUGUGUAAUUAAAUAAAUUCUAUCAGUAUUUUUAAAAGAUAAAAGAGUUUAAGAAAAAUAAUCAUUCUUGUUUCAAAUUUACAUCAAACAGUCAAAAGUAUGCGACAGCCCCCAACCCGCAGUGUAUUAAAGACACUUUGUGUUCUGCAGCUUUUUUAAUUUAGGAGAUAGAAUACUUCAAAGACAGAAAAUUGAGUAGUGUUAAAACAAUUACCAUUUUUUAAGAUACUCAGAAAAUCCUACAGAAUCUGGUUAGUGAUGUUGACAUACUUUAAGGACAUUUAGAAAAGAUGUCUGCAUACUUUAUGGAUGUCUAGGGUUUGAUUGUGCAUCUACACACAAACAGGAACUACAUGGCCAAAAGUAUGAAGUCUGAAUGACUAUAAAACUAUUUGACAUCUAAAACAAUCAGUGUUACAAUAAGUAGUUGAAACACAAUAUCGGUCUUUUGUGUGUGUGUGUGUAUGAGUGUUGUGUUUUUUGUAAGAGGAGAAAACAACUGAAUGGAAACUUUAAAAAAAAAAAAAAAAAAAACUUCACACUUUACAGAUGUCUUUGCCUUGUUUCAUGACCAGGAGCAUUUUAUUUUAAAGAGAACAGAUGAGACACACCUGGAUGAACACACACACACACACACACACACACACACACACACACACACACACACACACACACACACACACACACACA